GUGAUCAUGUAAACAAAUCAGCUGGAGUAUGACACUCAAUAUUUUACAACUGCCACCUGAGCUAGUAGCUCAUGUACUUAGAUUUCUGUCAUCGUCAGAUCUCGCCACUUUUGCCCUUGUCAGUAAACAAUGUAGAGAUCUGGUUAAUUUAGAGGCGUUAUGGCAACAUCGAUGUGUGCAAGAUUAUAAGUAUGAUGGAGUGGAAGGAUGGAAUCUCACAUAUAAGGAGUUUUACACGAAGGUGCUGUGUAAGUUUGGUAACUGCAUCGGAAAGUGGCAGCCAGAAAUAGGACAUUAUGGAGGAUUAAUUGACAUUAAGUUUGACAGGGGAUGUAUCAAAGGCAGAGAAUGCCUCCCACCAGUGGACCCUCAUGUCGACCAGCCACUGCGGAUACGGCCCCUGUUCUCCAUACACUUGGCCGAGGAUCUGUCAAAGGUGGAGGUGUUCUGUCUGAAAGGUUUUAAUGGCCUUCACAAAGGCCAGCUGUCAUGGGGAGAAGAUGGGCAGCUCCUGAUGUUUGAAUGUUCUGAAAACAACAACCACCAGCACCCGGAGGGGAAACAGAAGGAGUUCGAGGAUUGGCUGACACAGGAGACGGGUCGACCUCCAAGUGAGUUCUUUGUCCAUGGCCAGGAGUUGCUGCUUAUGAAGUUUCUUGUCACGACACAGCUUGGAUGCUCCUACCCAAUGAUGCGGGUGAUGGAGCAGCCAAGAAAGCCAGGAGCUGUCAUCCAGCCGGGACUCUUCAAGGGCAACUAUGGUGGCCACGGCAUCGAGAUUAUACAGCUGUCCUACAGUGACACGGAGAACAAAGCUGAAGGAAAGAAAAUAACGGGUGACCCAAAUGUGCCGGCCAACAAGGUCAGUUUAUACAUCGAUCUGGACCACCCGAUGAUCCUCACCAUGGGCCAGCAGAAGACUGUAGAGUUGAUGGAAGAGAUUGACAUCCCCGAACUGCCUCCUGACAUCGACCUACAGCAUCUGCCACCACAGCCCUUCCACGUUCCUGACGACUGCUAUGAGAGAUUUAGUCACCCACCCACUAUGUGUAGAGCAAGAUUCCACGGACAAGGUCAGAUUGCUGGCCACGGCUUCACCAACCCAUCCAUGUCCUCAGGUCACUUCAUAAUAUUUGAUGACAAUAAUUUUGGAUUUUUGUGGCUGGAGCUUAAGUCAUUUAGUAUGUAUUCCCGAGUGCAGGUGUUCCCGUGUCUCUGACAGGAGCAACAUGGCAGAUGACUGGCUCUAUAGGUGUAUCAUGGAACCAUCAUGUUACACAAAUGUAUCUCUCUGUGAUAAUGUAAUAUUCUGUCUUGAAUAGUUCAACUGAUGUUCUUGUGGGGCAGUGAGGUAGCCUAGUGGUUAAAGUGUUCGUUUGUCGAACCAAAGACCUGGGUUUAAUUCCCACAUGGAUACAAUGUGUGAAUCCCAUUUCUUGUGACCCCCUCUAUGAUAUUGCCAGACUAUUGUUCAAAGUGGUGUAAAGCAAUACUCACUCACUGCCAUUCUUGGUCCACAUAUGAUCUGACAAGAAGUCAGGGUAACUGCCUGAAGAUGUCUUAACUGAGGGUAUUAGAUAUAGAAACAUAUAUGCAUAUUUCCUUUUCAAAUUAUUUCCACAAAAUUUAGGACAGGGUUGUCGAUUGAACAAGAAAUAGAUUGGUACAGUUUAAAUAAUACUGCUAAACUAUCAGCCAGUAUUUUGAUAUAAUACAUAUGAAUGUACAAAUUUGAAGAUUACUAACGAGGAAAAAGAUUUACACCCACUGUGGUACAUGGUAGUUCUAUGAUUUACACCCACUGAGGUACAUGGUAAUUCUAUGAUUUACACCCACUGAAGUACAUGGUAGUUCUAUGAUUUACACCCACUGAGGUACAUGGUAGUUCUAUGAUUUACACCCACUAUGGACAUGGUAAUUCUAUGAUUUACACCCACUAUGGACAUGGUAAUUCUAUGAUUUACACCCACUAUGGACAUGGUAGUUCUAGCAUGGUACCUUCUGGUAAUCAAUGUUUUCAAUCCAUAACAGGUAUGUCUAAAUAAGAACCUGUAUGGCUGUAUGUCCAGGAGAGGUUUCCCUGAAUUGAUGAUUAACUGUUUCCCAUGUUUCUAAUGAGAGUGUGCGUUCAAAUCUCAGGGUGGGACUCAAACCCCGUAUUUUACUGAGAAACUGUAAUCCCAGUUAUAACAUAUGUCACAUGUGACACUUUCUAAAUGAUCUUGUGUGCAAUUAUAUGGAAAACGGUUUCGAAUAUUGCAAUGAAUCUACAGUCACAGGCAGUAUUCAACUGCAUGUUUAUCAUGUAAGGUUGGAUAUUGCAUAAUUCGCCCAUAUUUUUAUAACCAGUUAUGAAGUAUUUAUUUCAAAUGUAAUAUGUGCUGAACUUGUGAUAUGUUGUCACACAGAUAGUAUUCAAUAUUGCCAUGGAACUAGAGGAUAUGCAGCUCUAUUAUUUCAAGUUUAUUAAACAAAAAUUAACAGUUGAUGUGGUCACCAUGAAAGGACACAGUUUGAAAUAUCUCUGUAUCUCCUGUUGUGUAGUCAGUCAGUAGUGAGCCAUUCAAUAUGCUUUACAGAUGUUUGUGUGUGUGUGUGUGCAUGUGUGUGCAUGUGCGUGUGUGUGUAUGAAGCUGUACAGCUGUGAGGUCUGCAUCAGCUGCAGGUGGGAUAUACAGAGCAGUUGCCAUCAGAUGGUGGAAGGUACUGUAGCUCAAUUUGGACAUUUGUACCAAUAUUGAAAAACUUGGAUAGAUCAGGCGUUAAUUUACUGUAUGGGAAUCAAUACUGCAUAAUACUGCACUGAUAAGACCAAUGUCAGGUCCCUGAAUACUUACAAGUGAAUUUAGAUACACGGUAUCAGGAGGUUAUGUUACAGAAGGUUGUUUUCAGAACAGGACAGGAUUGAUACCAAUGCAAUGUCAUUAAGAUUGGAUCUGUUACAAGAUGGUGAAAGUGAUGGUUUACCAAUGCAAGACUGGAUCUGUUACAAGAUGGUGAAAGUGAUGGUUUACCAAUGCUAGAUUGGAUCUGUUACAAGAUGGUGAAAGUGAUGGUUUACCAAUGCAAGAUUGGAUCUGUUACAAGAUGGUGAAAGUGAUGGUUUACCAAUGCAAGAUUGGAUCUGUUACAAGAUGGUGAAAGUGAUGGUUUACCAAUGCAAGAUUGGAUCUGUCAAGGAGACAGUAUUGUGAUAUUAUUUUGUUUUCUUGUGUGAAAAACAUGUACUGACUGAAAUUUGAAAGGAGAAUGUUACAGAAAAUGCUUGCUAUGAAAUCAA